AACUGGAGUGCGAGCAGAAAAAUGGAGAGCAAAACGCGGGAAGAAAUGGAGAAGAUCGGGAUAAUCGAUUCGUGGCUGAGGAAGCACCAACUGAUCUACAUAGGAGCUACGAGGCAUCCUUUCAUCCUCAGCAUCAGAGAUGGCUCCGUCGAUCUCUACUGCUUCAAAACAUGGCUGUUUAUUUUGGUUGAGAAAAUUUCAGGGACAAGAUUACAUAUUCGUGAGAGAAUUCGUGGCAUUUGCGGCGAGUGUGUUGAUGAAGGCCUGUAAGGAGUCGGAUGAGUCGAGUGAUAUGGAAGUGAUAUUAGGAGCCAUGGCUGCUCUUAACGAUGAAAUUCGGUGGUUCAAAAAUGAAGCCUCCAAAUGGGAAAUCGAACUCUCGGGAAUUGCUCCCCGAAAGGCAACCCAAGAUUAUUGCAGGUUUCUGGAGAGUUUGAUGGGCAAGGAAGUUGAAUAUGCUGUUGUCAUUACAGCUUUCUGGGCAAUUGAAUCUGUGUACCAAGAGAGCUUUGCCCACUGCUUAGAAGAUGGUAACGAAACCCCACCGCCAUUACUGGAUACCUGCCAAAGAUGGGGCAACCGCGAUUUUGGACAGUACUGUUUUUCCCUCAAAAAAAUUGCUGAUCGGUGGCUGAAGAAGGCUUCUGGUGAUAUUCUCAAAAAGACUGAAGUGGUGCUCCUCUCUGUUCUUGAACAUGAAGUAGCCUUCUGGAAUAUGAGCCGCGUGCAUGUGGCAGAAGCCGAGCACUAAUUCUCCUCUCGGGCUACUUGUCAGCUGAGUACUUCAAGCUAGAGUAAGUGAAUUUUCUUGAUUUAUGCUUUUAUAAUGUUGGUGUCAGUAGAUUAUAGCAAAUGCAUAUGUAGGUUUUAUGUUGUAAUUGUAAUUAGGUAUUAGUGGAAAAGUGUUUUAUGCUUUGCGCCAUGUAUAUCAUCAGUGAAAGCUUGGACAGAACCUACAUAGAUAUAUACACACACCACGUAAUCAAUAGUUAGUGC